CUCUCUCUUGGAACAGCGAUCAAUAUGCUGCGAAUACAUGAAGCCUUCUGGUCGGCAGAGCGUCUGUGACUAUCUUUUUUUUUUUUUUCUUUCAGGAUACAACCAUGACUGAAGUAAUCCCGCACCAGAAAGAAUGGCUGACAGUUGCAGCAUUUUUUAUUAUUUGUUACGUGCUGACCAGGUUCUGUUUACUUUUUAAAAAGUCGAUGGAUAUCUAUCAUAAUCAUGCAUUUUUUCAGCCAUGCACUUUACCAGGAGUCCAAGCAAAUCAUUUGGUUUUUUAUUUACUUGCCUUGUUGUCUAUGUAUAAGCAGAGCAGACCCAACUGUCCUGCUCUGACUCUGCUUCUCCAAGGAUUGAGUGGCAUCUGCCGAAUAUUCCACAAUGAAAAAUUGUUUCGGAUUUAUCUUCUGUUUAAGCCAGCGGUCUUUUUCUACAAGCCGGAAUCCGUAGAGGUUGUGCUGAGCAGUACAACGCUGAUCGAUAAAGGCAGAGAAUAUAACCUUCUUGCACCGUGGCUGGGUACUGGGCUCCUGACAAGCACAGGACCGAAGUGGAGGUUCCGCCGAAAGUUACUCACACCCACAUUCCACUUCACCAUUUUAGAAGAUUUCAUCCCCGUUUUCCACGAACAAUCGAGCGUGCUCGUCUCGAAAUUGAAGCGCCUAGACUGCGAGCCUUGGGUUGACGUCGUGCCUUUGAUGACUUCCUGCACUCUGGAUAUCAUUUGUCAAACGGCCAUGGGCGUCUGCAUUAAUGCUCAAGGGGAUGACAAUGAUGAUUAUGUGAAGGCUGUACACGAAAUUGGAAAUGCGUUUAUGUAUCGCGUGCUUCGACCGUGGCUGUAUCCAGAUAUCAUUUUCAACUGUACAGCUUUUGGAAGAAGAUUUAGAGCCAAUCUACAAAAAGUGCAAGGAUUCACUAGAAAGGUGAUCAGAGACAAAAAGGCUGAAAUGAUUGCUAAAGGUAAACUUAGUCCUGUCUCAGAAAAAGCUCCAGAUGGUAGUCCAAUGCAGAGGAAAAGGCGCAAGGCUUUUCUGGAAUUGCUGUUAGAACAUCAUCUCAAAGAUCCCUCAUUUUCGGAGGAAGACAUCAGGGAAGAAGUGGAUACAUUUAUGUUCGAAGGUCACGACACUACAGCGAUGGCUCUUAGCUGGACGCUGUAUCUCCUGGGACUUCAUCCCGAAAUCCAAAAAGUCGCUCACGAGGAAAUGGACGAUAUUUUUCAGAAAGAUCUCGAGAGAGAAAUCACUCGGGAAGACCUAUCGAAUAUGAAAUACCUCGAAUGUAUUAUUAAAGAAACUCUUCGUUUGUAUCCGUCAGUUCCAAUUAUAGGAAGAGAAUGCAAUGAAUCUUUUCAAGUUGCGGGUCACAUGGUUCACAGAGGCAGUAUAUGCAUCAUUCUGCCCAUGGAAUUGCAUCAAGAUCCGGAGUCCUUUCCCGAGCCGGAGAAGUUUAAUCCGGAGCGAUUUUUUGCAGAGAACAGUGCGGGAAGACAUCCGUACUCCUACGUUCCAUUCUCGGCGGGACCGAGAAACUGCAUAGGGCAGAAAUUUGCACUGAUGGAAGAAAAGACUGUUCUCGCCAACAUUCUGAGAAGGUUUCAUGUCAUUUCGUUGGAUCCCAGAGACAGAGUUCUAGUGCAGCCUAACCUCACCACCAAAAAUGUCGCGCCUUUACGACUGCGCUUCGAGAAGAGAUGAUUUCCAAAAGUGAUGCUUCAAGCGAAAAUGCUUAUAAAAAAAUAAAAUUGUCUUUUAACCCCUUUCGCUACAGUGACGAGCUAUACUCGUCAUGAGUUUUUAAUGACCGACUGCUCUUUGACGUGCUAUUCUUGUCAUGCAAUUUAAAGUAUGCAGGGCAUGAAUAAAGGUGUACAAAGUUUUACCAUCUGAGAAAACUAGAAAAAAAAAUCAUUGUUUUGUUUCUAAAAUUUUAUAUUAGACUUUGACUAACCCAAAUUAAAUGGUGUUUUUGCAAAAAUUUUCAAAAUAAUAUCGAAACGCAAGGGGUUAAUAAGCUGUUGACGAUUAAAUGAUGAAAUUAUACUGUUUUACAGUAUAAUCUGUGCUGUAGUAGUUUUGAAAUAUUUCUGAGCUUGCACUUUUACAAUCUUUAUUUGAUGAUUUGUUUCAUGUUAACUUGAUUUGUUUCAUAUUCGUGAAGAUGGAAUUUCUAAAUCAAUUUUUCAAACAUUUCCUGAUAUUUUAGAGUUUUGAAAUUGUUUCUGAUUUGUUUCUUCUUCGAGACCAUAUUUGUAUUAAUAUUUUAAGAGAUUAAUUAUCAAUUAAUCGAUUAAUUUAAUUAAGUCUUGAAUUUAUGUGCGUGUUGCUAUCUAUAAUAUGUAAUAAAGAAUUAUAAAUUAACGAUUAAAAUGUAGGGAAUAAUUAAAAGCAUUCCACUGUAAUACAAUAUCAAAUAUGUAAAUAACUAAAAAAUAUUUUUAUUUAUUUAUUCUUUCUGUUUUAGAUCUGAAUUAGAAAUAUAAGCCAAUGAAUUUGUGCUCGCAGGUUAAAAUUUGAGACACUCUAUUAUAACCCGGUUCUUAUAAAAUAAUGGAUGUAACAUAAGUAAAUUACAUGAUAUCAGAAAUUUUUGGCCAACUUGAAUCAAAAUUUAUCAAAUUUGGCUGCAUUUUGCUCCUUACUGAUGCGAACAUCAGUAAAGAGAAAUAAGAUAAAAAAAUUAUACCAAGUUCAAUACAUAAGCAAUUAUUGCAAUCCUCGACUCGCGCUCCGUUUUAUAUACUUCUCUACCUCUCAGCAAAUGUAAUUGCUGUAACAAGAGGAUAUUGUGAUAUUUUUAAAGUGAUCUUCGAUGUUCUGAUUUUUUUUUUUUUUUUUUGUAUCAAAAAGAUAUCGUAUCAGUUUUGAAGAAUAUCUUGUAUUAUUUUAUAUUUCAUAUUAGUGUUGUUUGAAAAAAAUUGCUCUAUCCAUCGGUGUCACGUGGUAACUUACUUUAAUAAUUUGAAAUUGAUACAGCUUAUAAAUUAUUGAUGAAGAGUUUAGAGGAAUAUCUCCUACAUUAUGAGAAACUCUUUUUUUUUUCUUUCAUUUUAAUUUCAGAAUCUAUAACCAUAUU